UUGAAGUAUCAGCUAAGAAAACGAAGCAGUACGUCAGAAGGCUGUGAGGUUGUUCGCUGGUACUGCACUACGGAAGAGGAUCAGAAGGGCGCUUUGUGCGAAAUCUGGGCUCAAAGCGGUCUGUGCCAAGCUCAUCGUCCGACAAUGUUUUUGUUCUGUCGAAAGACAUGUCUCUGCGGUGGUGACCCAGCGCUUGACUAA